AUGAAGAAGAAGAUGAAAGGGCACUUCCUUCCUUUCGGCUAUACUCAAGCCUUGUUUCAGAGGCUCCAUUCACUAAGGCAAGGCACAAGAUCAGUUAAUGAUUAUAUUGAGAAAUUCUAUCAACUGGUGGCUCGGAAUGAUUUAUCUGAGACGGAGGAACAGAUGGUAGCACGAUAUUUGGGGGGAUUAAGGCAGCCCCUGCAGGAUGUUCUCAGCCUUCAUUCAUUGUGGACGGUUUCUGAAGCAUAUCAGCGGGAACUUGCAGUAGAGAAACAGCAGAGUAAGAUGCCAGUGGUCAGAGGUGAAGGAAGUCUGCCAGUUCGCCCUCAAGAAUCUCCUCCUGCUUAUCAACUACAGCGGGACAAUUCCAGCUCAAGUAUUAAGAAGCCUGCUGGUCAGAAGAAUAAAAAUCUUCUGAUUGAGGAGGGUAUGAUAGAGGAGUUCGAGGAAGUUGGUGAGCCCGUAUAUGAUGAUGGUGAAGAUGAGGACGUGCUAUAUGGAGAUGGUCAGGAGAUCCUGGUCGUUCGAAAGAUCCUGCUGACUCCCAAGGGCGAUUCAGGGGACGAUUGGUUGAGGACCAACGUUUUCCACACAACCUGCACAAUUGCUGAUAAAGUCUGCAAACUGAUAAUUGAUAGUGGCAGUUGUGAGAAUAUAGUGUCUGAGGAGGCUAUCGAGAAACUGCAACUGAAGAUGGAUCGUCAUCCCAAACCAUACAAGUUAUCUUGGCAGAAUAAAGGUAGUGAGGUAACGGUAGAAAAAUGGUGCUUAGUGUCUUUUUCGAUUGGAAAAAAAUAUUUUGAUAAUGCUUGGUGUGAUGUGUUAUCAAUGGACGCGUGUCAUGUUUUGUUGGGACGACCUUGGCAGUAUGAUCGCAGUGUUAUCCAUGAUGGGCGGUUCUUGGUUGAGAUUGGGCGUGAAAAAAUAGUUUAUGCUUUAAUGCCUUGUGAAAAUAGUGCAGCGAAUGUGGAUUCGAAAUUACCAGCAGAAGUACAUCAACUACUGAUGGAGUUUUUUGACUUGAUGCCAAAGGAUCUUCCUCCAGGAUUACCACCUAUGAGGGAUAUUCAACAUCAGAUCGACCUUAUUUCGGGGUCGAGUCUACCAAACCGACCAACAUAUCACCUCAGUCCCAAGGAAACUGAAGAGUUGCAGCGACAAGUGGUAGAAUUAUUAGAAAGGGGCUACAUUCGUGAGAGUAUGAGUCCUUGUGCAGUUCCUGCUCUACUAGUGCCGAAGACAGAUGGAUCGUGGCGUAUGUGUACUGACAGCAGGGCAAUUAACGGGAUUACAGUGAAGUACAGGUUUCCAAUUCCCCGCCUGGAUGACAUGUUGGAUCAAUUGUCCGGUUCUAAGGUCUUCUCAAAAAUUGACCUUAAAAGUGGAUACCACCAGAUCGGAAUCAGGUCUGGAGAUGAGUGGAAGACUGUGUUCAAGACACAGCAUGGGUUGUACGAGUGGAUGGUCAUGCCCUUUGGACUAUCCAACGCACCCAGCACUUUCAUAAGGUUUAUGCAUAAGGUUUUACGGCCUUUCAUGGGGAAGUUCGUGGUAGUCUAUUUUGACGACAUACUUAUUUAUAGUCCGACAUGGGAGUCACAUUUUAAUCAUCUUCGUGUUGUCUUUGAUAUCAAUCCAAAAUUGAGAAACUUCAGUACCUUGAUUGCUCCUAUCACAAAGUGCCUUAAAGGGCAUGAUUUUCAGUGGAUUGAGGAGGCAGAGGCUAGCUUUCAGUUGGUUAAGCAGAAGAUGAUGGAGGCCCCAGUCUCAGUACUUCCGGACUUUGAGAAGGUGUUUGAGGUAAACUGUGAUGCAUCUGGAGUUGGUAUUGGUGGUGUUCUGAAUCAGGAGGGAUGUCCAGUAGCCUUUUUCAGUGAGAAGCUAUCGGGAUUAAAGAAAAAUUAUUCCACUUAUGACUUGGAGUUCUAUGCCAUAGUUCAGACUCUGAAGCAUUGGCGCGAUUACCUGGUACAGAGGGAGUUUAUCCUUGUUACUGAUCAUGAGGCCUUGAAGUACAUCAAUGGUCAGCACAAGCUGAGUAGGCAACAUGCAAAGUGGGUGGCGUACUCGCAGGAGUUUACUUUCACUCCAAGGCAUCAAGCAGGAAGUUUGAAUCGAGUAGCAGAUGCAUUGAGGCGUUGCACAUUAUUCCUCACCACCAUGAGCACCAAGAUUGUCGGAUUUGAGGCAUUUUCUUAUAUGUAUGCUGCAGAUCCUUCAUUUGGGAAGAUAAUUCGGUUAUGCAUUUCGGAUUGUUCACUAAGGCAGCAGAUUAUUAGUGAGCUUCAUAACGAAGGACAUUCUGGGCGAGACAAGACAUUGGCAUUGGUCUCUUCUGAUUAUUACUGGCCCAAGUUGAGCAGUGAUGUGGCACAUUAUGUGGAGUAG